AUGGAGGAUAGCAAGAAAAGACAUUCAGGCACUAAAGUUUCCAAGAUCGCUAAUAUUUUUCAAGGGAUGCCGUCGAAAGAAGAAGACGAAGUCCGCGGAAGCGAUGUUACUGGCGUCCGAACGGAAAGCCAUUUAGCGAGGUUCAAUAAUGCACGUGCGCUUUUUGAAAAGUUAGGUGAAGAAAAUCGUGGAUUUCGUAUUGAAAAGUCACCAUCGGCAGCGGCUAGCUUUGCUGGCACACGAGGGGUUACACCUCCUGCACCAACUCGAUCGCGUUCAAGUUCUGCAGGGUCUGUGAGUCCUCCCAGACGAAUCGUAACGCCGACGCCUAUGCCAUCACCUGCGGUCAAUGGUGAUCGUCUUUCUAACGGUACUUUACAACCGCCGCCAAAACCGGCAAAGCCAAGUGUUUUGCCUAAACCUGAUAAACCAGAUAGACGGUUUAAUAAGGAGCUCAUUGAAAAACAAAGAAAUUGGACAGCUCAUUUCAAUAAGUCUCGCCAGUCUCGUAGUGAUGAAACAAAAGUGGACCCUAACAAAUAUUCUAGCAGUUAUCAAGAAAGCAAAUCACCAGAAAUACCUGAACGAUAUGUUGUACCAUCACGUGUAUAUUCACCACCGCUUUCGCCUUGUGCAGGUGAUACCCAAGUGGAACGUCCUACAACACUACCCUCGUCUCUUGUAAAUCGUGUUACUCCUAACGUAAGUCCUGUAAAAUUUUCAAGUCCAGUGAAAACAAUCGACCCUGUGUCACCGUUACUAAGACCUCACAACAAUUCAGUGUUACCAGCAUCAAGGACUGAAUCUUUAGAUUCGGUAAAUUUGAAAAGCGAGAGUUUCAAUCCACCGCAACAAACCAAUAAUGUCGACAUUACAUCUCAAGUGGCUAUCUCCGUUGAGAAAAGUCAUGCUAGUGUAAGAACACCAGUGUCUUCUUCAGAUGAUAAUGCCAUAAUAGAAAAUAAAGAAAACAGCGAUUUGCUGUUACCAAAGUCAAACCAACAAAAUACAUCUGCUGUCUCUAAACCUAUUAAAAGUUUUACAACUAACCCACCUUCAUCUACAUCGACUCCCACCUCUCUUGAACCUGUGUUAACGCCUCGAUCUCAAAAAUCGCCAUCGCCAUUAGCAAGAACACCAAAAUCUCCAAUGUCGCCAUUACAGCAUGAAAUAGAAAACUCUAUUCUCUCUGAACGUGAAUCUGUAGUUUCAACAUUACAUAGUGAAAAACCUUGCAAUCCCUCAUUAGAAAAAAUAGCUGAUGCACCGGCUCCCCAAGACGGAUAUCCACCAAGUCUCGUAUCUUAUGAGCAGCCCGAGUCAUUAAAGUGUCACGAAAAGGAAACGACUAAUGUUUGUGAAUCUAUGUCUCCGUCUGCAAUGGAAGUUCCUUUAGAUGGCGAUUUAAGACCAAUGAAAUCUUUGGAUGAAGAUGAUUAUGAAGCAAUUAAUUAUAGUGGAGAAUGGGAAGAAAAAAAUAGACGACGCUCUUCUACGCCCGAGUCUCCCAUUCGCCCUGAAAAAAUUGAGGACGUGCCACGCUCACCUCUAGUGUCGCCCUUAGCGUCACCCGUACAACAUGACGUGGGGUCCUCCCCGCCACCUUCGCUUCAGGCUUCUCCUUCGCCUGCGGGCGGAGGUCGCAAGUCGUCAGAGGCGGAAGAAACGCCACCGCGUCGCAGCGGAUCACGUGCAUCAAGCGUUUCAGACGAGGGCGGGUUCAAUGAACCCUCACCUGAGGUGGUGGCGCGGCUGCGACCCGCGGAGUACCGUGAGCCGCCGUCUCCAGCACCCCCGCUUACCACAGACAUACGAGAUGCUGAGCGAGCACGCUCCGAUCCCGACACGCUCUCCGUACUGCAGCAGGAUUCGGGUGUAGUCGUUAGUGAGGCUAGCCAAGGCUCCAUAGAGGUGCUCGACAAGUCGACCACCAGCCAAUGGAGUGUUUCGGAAGGCGAGAACGCGUCAGGCGAGAGUGGCCGCGGUGAACAGACAGACGCUCGUUGGGACGACGGUGACGCUGAAUCUAAACAGCCGGACAGCAUGACUCCCGACGAGGCAGAGAUACUUCUUAGCUCAAGACAAGAAGCUCUACUAUCGGACGAGCAGGCGCAGGAGAUCGUCGCGAUGUUGUCGCCGCACGCUCUUCCGCAGGACAAUGGAGUCUCGCUCAAUGACAGCUACCAGUCCGUGCUCUCAUACGAGAGUAUGCAGUCCGUGGAUGAGAGCUAUGAAUUCGUAUCAAUGGAAGGAGACGUUGGCCUGGCUGGCGGCGAUCGUAAACAAGCAGAAGCGCCGGUGGCCGCAGCUGAACCGGAGCACGACAAUGUAUUCGAACAUUACCCGCCGCAAGCGCUCAGGGAACUGGGCGAGGAAAACGGUAUACAUUACUUUGAGGACGGACAUUUCUAUACAGAGGUAGCAGGACUGCCGCCUAUCGAAGAAGAUGAAGACGACGAUUACUAUCCGCCAGUAUUUGUUAGGAAAAAUACCAAAGUCAAAUUCAGUACGGAGCCAAUGAGAGUGUUUUCGACACAUUCAGUGCGCGAGUACGACCGGCGCAACGAGGACGUGGAUCCCGUGGCCGCCAGCGCCGAGUACGAGCUCGAGAAACGAGUCGAAAAGAUGCACGUCUUCCCGGUCGAUCUGGUCAAAGGUGCCGAUGGCCUGGGGCUCUCUAUUAUAGGAAUGGGCGUGGGGGCGGACGCGGGGCUGGAGAAGCUGGGCAUAUUCGUGAAGACCAUCACCGACAGUGGCGCCGCCGCGCGGGACGGCCGCAUACAGGUCAACGACCAGAUCAUCGAAGUGGACGGCAAGAGCUUGGUUGGAGUUACUCAAGCGUAUGCGGCAUCGGUGCUACGGAACACUUCGGGGCCGGUGAAGUUCCUUAUCGGACGAGAAAAGGACCCUGAAAAUAGUGAAGUUGCACACCUCAUAAGGCAGUCGCUUGCUGCCGAUAAGGAGAGAGAAGAACGAGCAUCUCGUGAACGUCAGAGACGACAACAAACAGAGGAAAUAGAUUCCAAUCAGACUACGUCUGCCGAACCCACUCCACCGCAAACGAGAAAUCCCGAAAUCAACGAACUAAGAGGUUUUCUUCAGGAGUUGAUGGGCAUGGAGUCGGGCGGCGGCAGCGCGGACGAGAUCGGCGCGCGCCUGCGCGCGUGGUGCGGCGCGCGCUCGGCCGCGCCCGCGCCCAGCGCCGCGCUCGCGCACGCCGCCGACGCCGCGCAUCGCGCCCACGCCAAGUACGACAAGGCGCGGCGCGCCCUGCGCGAGUGGCGGCGCACGCGCGCGCUGGUGCGGGCGCGCGAGGAGUGGUGGAGCGCCGCGCUGCGCGACGCGCACCGCGAGUACGCCGCCGCGCUCUCCGCGCUGCACGACCGCGUCGCGCGCCUCGAGGUGCUGCUGCUGGAAACGCAAAAAAAGGCUGGCUUGCCCGUGAUGUUACCUCACGAACCUUCUGCGAGGCGUGAGACCCCUCCGCUGCCGCGUCGUCCGGACCCGGACCCGCUUCUAAUAAACAAUCCAUGGAGUUCAGAUAGCGACCUAUCGGACCUGUCGCCGGUUGAGGACGAAUAUGCUAAGGUAGAUAAAUCGCGACGAGAGGCUCCAGAUUUGGGGGAUGUCACCGCACCCGUAGCGGAUGAACCGAGAACGACAGUAUCCUCACCACAGGCUGCUACCACAACCACAGUCACCAGCGCUCCAAC